UAACAGCUUCCCAAAAUGUUCUACUCCCAUCUCCCAGAGAGCAGUAAGCAGAAGAGUAUCCUGAUGAAUCCAAGAACGGACAAGCUUGUGAGGAGAACAACAAUGGUGGCUACUGCCACUGCUUCAUAUUUUCUCCUUACUGCUGAUUACGGUGCCGAACCCAAUGCUCUUGACCCUAUUAAGAAUGCUAUUCAUUCAGCAGAGCGUUCUGUAAAAGAGUUCAUCUUUGGGUCAGAAAAGGACUCCCCAGGAAAGUGACAGGAAGCUGGGCUCCAACAGUGCGAAGUAAUAUCCAUAUCUUUUGAACGAACAGCCUUUGUAUAGGCAGAGUGCUUUCAAUUAAGGUUUUUAUAAUCUGGCUGAGUUCGGAUAUUUGCAGUGUGAAACUAUGUUCUUUUCAGGGGAUUACUUUGUUGACUUCUUGCUCAGUUUCUCACUUUGAUGAGAACAUUAGAAGUUAAAUGAAUGAUGUACUUACUACUUGUGAAAUGUAUAUAUAUAUUUUGCAUUA